ACCUCUCCCGAGGCAGAAGGCAGGGCAAUGGCUGCAGAAGGCGUUAUGUGCAUCGUGACCGUACCCUCUGCAGAAGUCGAGGCGAAGAUGGCGGCCGACUCUGCAGGGGAAGACGAAGACGUUGAAGGGCGAUCAUGCAGGCGAAUGGAGGAGGUUUUGAAAAAUCUACUUGACAAGCCUGAGAUUCAAGGUUCAGCUUGGCAUACUUGUCACAGAGAGAACUAUAAACAGGUAUCUUUUUCUGUUGUGCAUGGGAAAAAAUGGGAAAAAAUUUUGAAACAGCUAAGUCGGUCAGGUAUUGGAUCAAAGUACGGCUCAACAAUGAGUGUUAUACCUUGUUCAGUAUUCUGUGACAGAGUGGAACAUCUGUAUAGUCAGAAACAACAGUUCAAUGCAGAGGACAUGAAGUUGACUAUUCCAGCGUGGGGAGGCUCCUUUACAUCACUACAACCAGAAUCAUCUGUUAUUGGUGCUAUAGAAGGGGUUACAGCUCAAGCAGAGUUCUCAUUUGACUUCCUGAUAUUGUUGUUAAUUGCUGGGUUUGUGGCAGCUCUUGGUCUCAUGGAAAACAGUAUUAUGAUACUCAUUGCAAGUAUGCUUAUAUCACCUCUCAUGGGACCUGUGUUAUCCUGUGCUGUUGGAGCAAUGACAAGAGACAUACAACUGGUGAAAAUGGGUAUAUUAAACGAAAUUUUUGGUCUCAUGUUUUGUAUAAUAGAAGGAUUCUUUUGUGGUCUCAUUAUUGGUCUAUCAACAGAACACUUUGGUACAGGUGAAUGGCCCACAGAAGAAAUGAUUUCUAGAGGAGAAUUACCUUCAGUCUGGAUGGGAAUGAUAAUUGCUAUCCUAUCUGGCAUUGCAGUAGCCAUUUCAGAACUAGGACAGAAGACAUCCUCGCUUGUUGGUGUUGCCAUAUCUGCAUCUCUUUUACCACCUGCAGUGAAUACAGGACUUCUGUGGGCUUUGACGUGUACUUAUUGCAUUUACGGCAAAUCACCUGUACUGAAGAAACCACUUAAAUACUCAGAUGAUGCUGUCACUGAGCUUGCAAUUCUAGGAUCAGUAAGCUUAUGUCUGACACUGAUUAACAUUAUUUUCAUUUUCGUAUUUGCAGCCAUUGUACUCAAGUUAAAAAUAAGACUCUCUCUGAAGCCAGCUGAUGAUAAAUACAUAAACAGGAAUCUCAGUUUAGCCUAUAACAUUAAAAGAAAUGUGUCCUCAUUAGAGAGUCUACACAGCUUUGAGAAACGGUUUCCCAGCAAUGUAUCUCUAGCAAAAACUCUACCUGAAGAAUUGAAAUCUGCAUCAAAUCAAAAUGGGCUUCUUGCUAUUAAAAGUAAGGGCAAAUGUCUACAUUUUACAGGUAUUGCCAAACUUUUAACUUCCUCAACUGAAAAUCAAACUCCAAAAAUACAAAAAUCAUUUGAAAAUUUGACCAAUUCAGAACACCAUAUUCCCUUCAAUGAUCAACAGUGUAUAUCUGUUUCAGAGAAAGAGCCUACAUCUGGAAAUGAAAAUCAUCUGACUGUUGCGGAUGAAGACAUGACAGCAUCAUCUCCUGAUAUUGAGACGCGACCUCAUAGUGUGACAUCCAGCAUCAGCUGACAUCAAAAAACAAAUCAGUUGUCAAGUUUAUAAGUGAUUCUUUAACUUGACGUAUGAUAUUAUCCUUUCACGGUUCCUUUUACAAUGUUUUAUGAUCUUUGAUUAAAAAAUGACCAGUGAUAUCAUAUCACAGUAACUAAGUUGAUGUGCCAAAUAUAAAAGUAAAUUUGUUAUAACAAUUUAUUUUCCUUUAAUCGUCUAGUCCUCAGCCAAACCAGAUAUGCAUGAACUGUAACUAAGGCACAUCUGAUACAUUUUUUUGUACAAAACAAUGUUUAUGUCUGACAUAUUCCUUACAACUGGAGAAAGCAUCCCUAAAACAACUGUAUACCCCAGCAUAAUUGAAAAGAAUGAAAAAUAAAAAUA